AUGCGAGCCUUUACGAUUCUAACGUCUCUCGCCGUUGGAGUUUCUGCUGGCACUGUCUCUGCCCCAGUUGUAAAGCAACGGUUCCAUCAUGAAUCGUCCCUUCACAGCCGCGACACUCUCAGUCUCGCUGCUCUGAACAAUAUCACAGGGGGUGGUUAUUACGCCGAAUUUCAAGUCGGUACCCCAGGCCAAAACAUCAGCUUUCAGCUUGACACUGGUAGUAGUGAUACUUGGCUCAACUCAGAUGAGACCGAUCUCUGCAACAGCAGAUCCAAGCAAGAGACUAUUGGCCCUUGUAUGACUACGUUUAAACCUGGCAAGAGUCGUACCUAUGAACUGGUCGAUCGUGAUGGAUUCGACAUCACCUAUCUUGAUACCCGCUCUAUUAGUGGUGAUUACUUCAACGAUACCGUCACCAUCGAUGGAAAAAGCAUCAAGCAGCAGAGGCUAGGCCUCGCGACGAAGUCUGUUCGUCCAACGGGCCUCAUGGGCUUGGGCUUCUCUGCAAAUGUCGUCGCCAACGGGACAUACCCAACCAUUGUCGAGAACAUGGUGUCUCAGGGCCUGAUCGACCGAGCCGCCUUCAGUCUCUGGCUGAACGACCUCAGUGCUGAGCAAGGAACUAUCCUCUUCGGCGGUCUCGACACUAAAAAGUUCGUCGGCAAGCUUGCAACUCUGCCCCUGUUGCCUGAUCCUUCUACUCUCAACCUCACUCACUUCACCGUCGCCUUUGAAGGCUUCGAGGUCAAGACACCAAAGGGCCAGGAGAUCAAGGUAGACAGUCUCGAGAGAGACACCACCGCCAUCCUCGACUCUGGUGCUACCGUCUGCCUCCUGCCCGAAGCCCAAGUAGGACCUAUCUACAAGGCCUUCAACGUCCUGAGUGUGGAGGAUGUCGCUAUCCCCUUUGUAGACUGCGCCUACGGCAAAGACAAGGGCAAGGGCGUUAGCUUCGACUUCAAGUUCGACGGCAAGACCAUCUCUGUUCCCAUGAGCGAGAUGGUCAUCGAUGCCUUUCCCGACAAGCAGGAAAUCUUCGACGACCCUCAAGUCUCUUCCUACUUCGAUGAUUGGGACAGCGUCUGUAUGUUUGGAAUCAGCCCUGUGAGUCAGUAUGGCCUCACUGGCGGCGUCACUCUUCUGGGAGACACAUUCCUGCGUUCUGCCUAUGUUGUUUAUGACCUAGCAAAUGAACAGCUGGGCAUCGCUGAGGCGAACCACAACACGGACGAGUCAAACAUCGUUGAACUUAAGGAGAAGGACACCAAAUUCCCGGAUGUCACUGGUGUUGAGGGCACCUCCAGUUCUGAAGAGGACGACAAUGCUGCCGGUCAUUUGUCUCCUGCUUCCAUGGUGACGCUCAUCGUGGCUGCGGGUGUUGCAUUGACUCUCUUGUAA